AUGUCUAGAUCAACCUCAACAGUUUCGACGGCCACGACAACAACCGGCAAUGUCAUCUCCCGCAGUUUGUCGGUCAAAACAAACACCAAGCCACAGACGCUGAACCCAAUCCCUGCGUCAGACGUUAGACUCUUCGUGACGAAUCUGCGACUACUUGACCUGGAUUUGCGAGAUGACUGGCCGGGUAUCACAGUGCAGACGUUUUCAGCUAGGAAUGCCGACCAGAAACAGAGAAUAGGUGGCACGGAGUGGGCCCUCUUUCGACUUUUCGAGAUCUGGGACGCAAAUGAGACUGCACAGAAACUGCAGCCCUUUUUCCCGCCCCUUGAACCUCUCCAGUCACUCAACCUCCGCGCCGCGUUAUACCGAUGCCUAAACGAACUCAAGAAGAACGGCGUACUAGGUCGAGAAUCAGUGCUACGCAAGACCAUGCUAGACGAGUGCAAGGGUGACAAGUUUUACGAGAUCUUGGCUCUCUUCUCUACUGUGGUGCUUAAGAAGGUCCUCGCAGGGCGACAAGGGAUCGACAGCAAUGCGGCAGUUGCACGGGAAUUGGCAACUGCAACGACGUUGUCGACUGACCAACAGCAGUCCCUACUACCGCUGGCUAUUGCCCAUAAAGCAGCGCUGGUCAAUGUACUCAAGAGGAAAGAGGAGAAAAGGAGGAGAUUCAUGGAGUUCGAACGCAUAUUGGAUUCCAAAGCCGGAGACAUCAACCGCCGAAUUGGCAAAUGUAAAGACACACCGCGAGCGAAGAGGCCGGCAGUAUCCCAGAAAGAAGCGGAGGCAGUCAAGAAACAGUUGAAGGACAAUUGGAUCGGCAAUCAGAAGUGGCUCGAUGUUAUGCUACACGGCGAUCGUGUUGAAACUGAGGAUGCCUUCUUGAACAGCCGGUUCGAUGAGGUCUGGCAUACUGUAGAGAAGGGGAGGAAGCUGGAUGAUGUCUCGACUGAAACCGGGCUAUUGGAGAACCUGCAGUCGAGGGUCCAGGAGCAACAGGCACGGUUGCUGAAGUGGAAGGUGUUCCACGAGGAGCUAAAUAAUGAGGAUGUAGGCUCAAAGGAGAAGAUACAAAAAGCCCAUGCGGUCAUGAAGGAGUACAAAUUCGAUGAGCAUUUGAAGCAUCAGCUGCCAUCGUCCAAGCAAAAGACCGAGCUUGCGGCAAUCCAGCGACCUUCUAUGCGAUCGAGCUAUCAGAACAUUUUGGUCGAUAUGGACACUGAAUUAUCGCGCGUGUCCAAAGUCACACCAAAGCAAACAUCCCGAUUCUUAUCGAGAAGACGAACAUCCUCAAGCGGCCCCCGCUCGCCGACUCGCAGCAGGAAGAAUACGCGAUCCGAGUCCGUCUCAAAGGUGCCCACUAGCCCAGAUAGACCUACGAAGCCGCAGUUUCAAACAAGAAAAUCGUCUUUGGAACAUAUUCCCAUCCUUCCACGGCCCAGACAGGCUCCAGCAUUCGCAACGCCGGCGGACUCUGAGGCUACGCUGGUCGGCCAUCCGUCUACACUCGAGGUUCAGAUCGAAGCUCGGCACGAUUGUAUACCGGAACCAGAAUCAACGCCGCCCACUUCUGACCCUAUCAUCCAAGUCUCAUCCCCACCACGUCGCGUCAAUAUCCCGCCUCCUCUGACACAGUGCUCACCCACUCCCUCGCCUUCUCCAGAAGCUGGCAUUGAAUUUUCUUCUGAACCACCUGUUUCUUUGUUUGAACACCCAGAGCUUAACCCCGAGGAAGAGCUGGCCGAACAUAUCAUCACCUCAAUCGGAAAUGCAACUCCAUCUCCGGUCAAAAAGCCACAACCUCGAAUGUCAUUGUCGCUCAUCGAGCGAACACGUAUGACCUUGUCGCGUACGACCUCUUUUGAACCAGUCCCCGAAUCACCAGACUUACCCCUACCCCACAUGCCGCCGCCACCAAUUGUCGAGCCAGAAAUGGACCAGCAUGCAACCCUCAUCGAGCGCACACGCCUCAGUAUGGUCGCCAUGCAAAAGAAACCUCGAAAGUCCCUAGCCGCAAGGGAGAAGAAAGAGAAACGCGAGAGCAGACAGAGCUUGUUUCCUGUAAAUGUAUUCGACACUCCUCGUACGAGGAAAUCCAUGGAAGUGAUCGAAGAGACGAGGAGCCUUGAACGUACGCCGAAGGAGGAGCUGUUUUCAGACGAAAUAGACUAUGAUAGGGUGUUUAAGAGUCGGCCUAGAAUUGCUACGAGCCCCAUCUUCAGUCCGGCGCUUGAGGCGGGUCGAGAGCUUGACGUUGAGGAUGAGAGUGCGGAUGAGGAGGAGUACGAGGAUGGCGACGGUGAGGUUACGGGUAUUGAUCUUGGGGAUGUGGAUCAAGAUGAGGAUGAGGAUGGGUUUACGAAGGCGUGGGCGGAGAGUCCGAGUCGAAGGGCUGGUGCGGCGGUGAGGUACUGA